UUCACCACAAGACGUGUCACUAUCCAAAACAAUUCAUGCUGAAUAUUAGGUAGACUUAUGGAAAAAACUGCAAGAAUCAUUUACGAUUAAAUAAAAAUUAAUAUUUCAAUGCUUUUUCAUUGAAAUAUUAUAUUAAGUACGGCUAAAAUAUAAACAAAAAUACGGCUUAUAAUAUGUGAAUUGCAAUUGAAAAAUAAUUGUAAUGCCAUGUGAAUACAUUGAAUACUGUGUAUAUAACGAUAACGGUCAGAUCUAUUUGUCACAUUGAGCACAUUGCGUUUCUGUAAGAAUUUAUCGUCGCCGUAGGUACCAAAAACAUGGCAGAAAGUAAUACUGCCAUUAAGACCACGAAUAACCUCAAACGAGCGAACUACAUCGACUGGGAAGAGUAUUUCAUGGCGGUAGCGUUUCUGGCUGCAAAACGAAGUAAAGAUCCAUCUACUCAGGUAGGUGCAUGCAUAGUUAAUAACGAAAAAAAGAUUGUGGGUGUUGGAUACAAUGGAAUGCCAAUCGGAUGCAGUGAUGAUGAUUUUCCCUGGUCCAAUAAAUCCGAAAACUAUUUAGAAACUAAGUAUCCUUAUGUAUGUCAUGCAGAACUUAACGCUAUUUUGAACAAAAACUCCAGCAAUAUUAAAGAUUGUACCAUUUAUGUUGCUUUGUUUCCUUGCAACGAAUGUGCCAAGGUAAUUAUACAAUCAGGAAUUAAAACUGUUGUGUAUAUGUCAGAUAAAAAUGCCGAGAAAAAUGGGACAAAAGCUGCUAAAAGACUGUUUGAUGCGUCAGGAGUUUUAUAUAGAAAAUAUAUUCCAAAAAACGAUAGCAUUGUAAUUAAUUUUAAAGAGAUCGAUUGGAACACAAUGACACAGUUACCCCCCACUCCAACAAAAACUAAUAGUGAGACCGAAUUACCCCCUAAUCCAGCAUUAAAUAAUAAAAUGUCUCAAUUAACCCUCACUUCAGUGGAAGACAAGGAAUGAAAAUAUCUAUAAUAAAUUCAGUAUGGGUAAUAUAGAAAUGGAAAAAAAAUAAUGUCUGCAUCCGUACUCCAUAGCCAUCGCGUAUAUAAAGUUGAAAUAAUUUCUGAAACAUGUGAAAUGUCAUUUUUUUAAUAUAAUAAUUUAAUUACACGUUGGCCUUGGGGUGUCGAUAUGCAUAUACUCACACUUUAUUCGAUUUGUUUUUGACACUUUGCAGAUUUAAAAUGUAGAUUAGAAUUACUAAUUUGGCAAUAGUUUUAUAUGAUUUGAAGAAUUUUUACUUUUAAUAUCAAUGAAACUGUGUCUUGUGGCACUACUGGAUGCUGGCGCGUUUGAAAAAAAUGAGUUACCAAUUCAUGUGAAAUGCUCUUUUGGGUUCAGGAAAUAAAGAAUACUUCGUUUUAUCCAGUUUUUUCACCUUUUAACAUUAACCAUAUGAGGUUUAUAGAAAAUAAAUAAAACAAUGUACAGAAGGCGAGAGAACUUUUAGCAAUAAUACAAAGAUAAUAUAUGAUACUUUAAAGGUAAUAUUGUCUGCAACUGAGUUGCAAAUCAUUUCCUGUACAAGUGUAAACACUGAUACAAUAAAGUAUGGCAUGAUGGAAGUA